AUGAAGGUCUUGGCGGCAGGAGUCGUGCCCCUGCUGCUGGUUCUGCACUGGAAACAGGGGGCCGGCAACCCCCUCCCCAUCACCCCGGUCAACGCCACCUGUGCCACCCGCCAUCCAUGUCCCAGCAACCUCAUGAACCAGAUCAGAAACCAGCUGGGACAGCUCAACAGCAGUGCCAACAGCCUCUUUAUCCUCUAUUACACGGCCCAGGGGGAGCCCUUCCCCAACAACCUGGACAAGCUGUGCGGCCCCAACGUGACCGACUUCCCGCCCUUCCACGCCAACGGCACAGAGAAGGCCCGCCUGGUGGAGCUGUACCGCAUCAUCGCGUACCUGGGCGCCUCCCUGGGCAACAUCACGCGGGACCAGAAGGUCCUCAACCCCUACGCCCACGGCCUGCACGGCAGGCUGAGCGCCACAGCCGACGUCCUGCGGGGCCUGCUCAGCAACGUGCUCUGCCGGCUGUGCAGCAAGCACCACGUGGGCCACGUCGACGUGACCUACGGCCCCGACACCUCGGGCAAGGAUGUCUUCCAGAAGAAGAAGCUGGGCUGCCAGCUCCUGGGGAAGUACAAGCAGGUCAUCGCCGUGCUGGCCCAGGCCUUCUAG